CUGUAAGCAGCGCAGCAGCGGAACCAGAACCAGGCUUUCCACCAGAGAGGUGAAUGCUGAUGACAUCACUGAAAUGCUUCCAAAAUCAAGGAGAGCUCUAACCAUUCAAGAGAUUGCUGCUUUAGCGCGAUCCUCUCUGCACGGGAUUUCACAGGUUGUCAAGGACCAUGUGACCAAGCCUACCGCCAUGGCGCAGGGAAGAGUAGCCCACCUGAUAGAGUGGAAAGGUUGGUGCAAGCCUAUGGACACGCCGGCAGCCCUGGAGUCGGACUUUAACUCGUACUCUGAUCUCAGUGAGGGAGAGCAGGAGGCCCGCUUUGCUGCUGGUGUGGCGGAGCAGUUUGCCAUCGCCGAGGCAAAGCUGAGGGCCUGGUCCUCGGUGGACGGCGACGAGUCCAACGAUGACUCAUAUGAUGAAGACUUCCUCCCUGCCAGCGAGCCCGCCACGCAGAGCACAGAGCUGUCAGCUUACCCGCCGUACCUGAAGGAGCUGAUCCACAGCCAGCUGUGCCAGCAGCUGGGCCUGCGGAGGCCCUGCUCUGACAGCGCAGCAGAGAUCGGAGAGGGAGGGGGCAGCAGGGAGCCCUCCCCCACGGCCGGCUCUCCGGACACGCUGUGCUCCAGCCUCUGCAGCCUGGAUGAGCAGCACCCGCUGCUGCGAGACCUGGGGAGACAGCGCAGCAAAAACGCAAAGAACAACGCCGCUGAGCUCGCUGCCAAGAUCCUGUCUGCGCUGCAUGGAGGGGAGGAGCUGCUGGCCCGCCUCCAGAGGGCGGGGCAUGGCGGGGGGGGCCGGGGGAGCAGGUCCUAUGGAGGUCAGGACUCCCCUUGCUACUCCAUGUCUUAUUCUGAAACCUACCUGUCGCCCGGCGAGGAUGAUGACAGCCCCUGCAAGGACUACGAAGGCAGCCUGUGCCCUGAGGAGGCAGAAGGCCGGGGGGGGCAGUACCCCCCAGGCUAUGACCCCCGCAGGAGGGUGUCUGAUGUGGCCUCCUCAGGGGUCGUUUCCCUGGACGAAGAGGAGGAAGAGGAGGAAGAGGUGGAGAGAGCAGGAGCUCCCAAAAACCCAUAAGUGACCUAAGCAUGUGGGCGGGGCCAGCAGCUGCUCCCCUCUUCAUCAUGGUGGGAGGAGUUUGCCCCCCAGUGACCUUUGCCUUAUGGCGGCAGCGUCCCGCCCUCCUCUCCAUGGUUCAGGUGUUCGCUGAGCGGACGGAGCAGCAGAAGGUCCAAACAUCUGACCUGCAUGAGCUGACCUGGACUGAAGCACGUUUCCUGACCCCCCCGGGUCCUGGCACCCCCCCUGCAUCCUUCUGGGCAUUGCUUGCAGAAUAUGCCAAACUAUUUAACCCUUUCAUUCUCUGCGAGUCUAAACAAAGCAACAGUUGGUUCCCAUUGCUGUCAAUCUCCUGGGUUCCGUUCUUCAUGGUGGACUGUUUCC